GCUUCAGCAACACAGAGCCCCAGUGACUUAAGGAUCUGUCUUGAAAACAAGCAGGAGUCAGAGACUGCCCUUGCCAAGAACAACACCAAGCGUCGAUAUGGCUCCCAGCAUCACUGCUCUCUUCCUCUGCAGCUUCCUGCUGUACUGCUGUUCCAAAGCAGCCUAUGGAGACAGCAACUUGGUUGUGGACUGCUGCCUGCGAGUGAGCAAGUCCCCAAUCCCAAUUAAAAUAGUGAAGAACUACAAGGAACAAGGCCAGCAGGACGGAUGUGACCUCACAGCAGUGGUGUUUACCACAAAGGGAAACAAGAAGCUCUGUGCCCCAUCUAAUGAGCCUUGGGUGGACAGUCUGAGAGCCAAGAUUGACAAGAGGAGCCAAUUCUGUCGGAACCAUAAACAGAAGAACCGGAUGUGUCUCAACUUUGCUUGAAGAAGCAUGUUUAUAUGUAUCUAACAUGUGGAAGAUGGCAGAAGUUCAAAGGGAUUUGAAGUCUGGCAAAAACUUUCAGCUUCUUGGAUACAGGAAUAACAACUCAAAAAACAGAAUUGAUGCACUAUGCUUUUUCCAACAGGGUUUGUAUGUUUCAUGUGCUUACAUGGGAACAGAAAAUCAGUGGCUUUUUAUUUAAAGUUCUCUUUUCUUAGCUUGAUCAAUAAAGCAGCUUCCUAAAAUGUGAUUUUUGUUUAUAAUUAAUAAAUGGCUGUACUUUUUAAAGGUUUUUUAGUUAUAUGCUAUAAUCAAAACAAGUGGGAGUUAUGACCACUGCUUUGUAAAGGGCUGACCCUUAUAAAAGUCUAGCCCUGUCAAUUUGCUGGUAAUUUGCAGUUGUCUAAUGCUUUUACCAUGCUUAUGCUUUGCAUGUACAAUAGUUUACCAUGUUUGCAUGUCUUUGUGAAUGUCAGUCUUGAAACUUUGUCUACAGCACUAGGAAAUGUCGGUAGCACUUUGCAUUGCAUGGCAUGAACACCCAUGUAAUUAAAUUGUUAUAACUGGGUGAUUGCCAAUUAUUUCUGCUCUUACUUAGUAACUACUGUGUGAUAACAUGGAAAUAGCUUUGGGAACAAUAUCUUGUUACCUGAUGUAAUAACAUGGUAACUUUGUGAUCAUUCCUAUGUAAGCACACUUAUACACCAGUAGCCACCCUUUAAGACCAGAAAACACGAUUAGUUACCAUGUUAUUACUAUGUUAUUACACAGUCAUGUAUGCCCUGUAAUCGAAAGUGCUACUAAAAUACUAUUGGCUGAGGAUCAGUGAUUUUUGUUUAUGUCUUAUAGAAAUGCAAUGAGGUCUCUAAAGCAUGUCAUCCAGCUUCCCAGAUCACCGGGCAAUUCAGAUCAUUUAGAUUUAGAAAAGCAGGUCUUGCAAUGAAGAAGUGAACUGACCAGUAGCCGAUGUAGCAGUUUCCCAAAAAGCCCAGCAUUACUGGAGGAUGAUCGCUUUGCCAUGCUUUUACAUGACCCGCAUUAUAAAGUGCUUUAGGGUAACAUUUACUCAGGGGCUCCUGUGAGAAGUCUUAUCACUUUUAUGAUAAAGUUAUAUACAAAAGAAAUAACUAGGAUUAGGCUGUUGUUUAAUGGUCCUGUAUACUCUUUUAUAGGGAUGUGUAGUAUUUUGGUACAAAAAACUUUUGAUACAUAAACUCAUAUAUUGUACAGUACUGAUCAAAAUAGGAAAUUACUGUCUAUAGGAAACUUCUGCAACAGAACCUUGCACUGCCCAUAAGGAACACAGUAGGAGGUAUAGCAAUUCAUAGCACUAGAGUAAUGCUGAUUGCAGUUGAGUUCACCACAGUGUUAAGGGAGACAGAGCAUUAUCAUAAGCACCGGGUGUGAUCUAUAGAACUAAUGUUAACACAGCCUGUCUCCAUUGUGUAUGCAACAGCAUUAAUUCAAGGGGUGAGUGGAGAAUUCAAAUCUACAAACAGACAUGGGAGCAGGACAUCUUUAGAAACUUCAUGUUGAAAUUGUAUACACAGCUGUAUUUCUCACAUUGAAUUGAAUAACAAUGUACAAUGAAUGUCUUUCUGUGUUUUUGUGAGGUUGUCUUUGUGUGCCUUUUAUAGAGUACAUUAGUAUUCUAUUUUAAAAGAAUGUCCCAUUUGUAUCAGAAUGCAGCUCUGUCAAGUUUGACCUUUUAGAGGAUGAAUGCUGUGUAGCUUUGCAUUGCAUGAACCAGCACGUACAGCGAAGUUCCACAAUUAUUUUUGGUUGACUCUCAUUUUAUCAUUACUGCAACACUAUAAACAGAAUGCCAGUGCUACACCAUACAUUUUAAAGCUAUUGAAAACAGCAUUUAAGCUUACAGCAAAAUAUUUUUAAAGUUUUAGUUUUUUAAUAAUGUAAUUGUUCCUAUGCAUUUUUAUACUGAACCUGAAUCCUUCUUUUUUAUUUGAUAUACUUUUAAUAAAAAUAUUACUCCAUA